GGAGAUUCUAGCCAAUCGUCUGAUCGGAAAAGUUCAACAGCUGCUGCGGAAGAUAAAUUAUGCUAUUGAAAGUUAGCAAAUCAGCUAGCUAGCCAGGAUGAUAACGUAGCUAUCUAUAAUAUUUCAACACAUUGAGGAAGCAAAUUAAUUUAUCGUCAUGGGCACUCUUCAGAAAGCAGGACGAGGCAGCACAACAUGUGUUUUCAUUGCGUUAUUUGUAGCAACAUGUCUUGAAACAAUUCGUGCUUUCGGCCAUAGCCAAGAUAGCGAAUUCACGUUUCUCUUACCAGCCGGAAGAACCGAAUGCUUUUUCCAAACGACUGCGAAGAACGUUACCAUGGAAGUAGAGUAUCAGGUGAUAGCAGGUGCAGGUAUGGAUGUAGACUUCACCGUUCUCUCUCCUCACGGGUUCCAGCUCAUCUCUGAGUUCCGCCGCUCAGACGGAGUCCACAUGGUGGAACCUACGGAGGAAGGAGACUACCAGAUCUGUUUUGACAACAGCUUCAGCCGCUUCUCUGAGAAGAUGGUCUUCUUUGAGGUCAUCAUUGAGGGACAGCCGGGCGACGUGGGCGGCGACGAGUGGGCGGGGCUUGGUGAGCCUGAGAGCCUAUUGGAGUACAAGCUGGAGGACAUUAGGGAGUCAAUAGACUCAGUACACCGUCGGUUAGAGAGAAGUCGUCAGAUGCAGACGGUACUGAGAGCGUUCGAGGCCAGGGACCGUAACCUGCUAGAAGACAACCUGUGGAGAGUUUCCUUCUGGUCCUGUACCAGUCUCAUUGUAAUGCUGGGGGUCGCACUCACUCAGGUAACACACCCACACACUAGGACAACUUGUGGAGGGUCUCCUUCUGGUCCUGUACCAGUCUCCUAGUUACAGACCUGCCAACAUAGAUGACAUUUCAGGUCAAAGUACGCUGGUAUGAAAAACUAGACUAAAAUAUGCAAAAAGAUGCUUCUAGUUGGCACAUUGAGGUUUUUGACUCAACUGCUUUGAAAUUGAAGCUGAGCCAAUCAGAGGACUUGGGUGAGGUAAAAAUCUCUAGCUUGAUCUCCAGAACUGUAGUAGGCGCGAGUUCGACUAGCAAGGAAACACGUUCAGCGGUGCGGUGGUUCAGCGGUGAGGUGGUUCAGCGGUGCGGUGGUUCAGCGGUGAGGUGGUUCAGCGGUGGGGUAGUUCAGCGGUGCGGUGGUUCAGAGCGCAUCACUGCGUGGAUGAAAACAGACGUGGCGGACAGAGCUGUCCCUCUAAUACUGUCCUUCGCAGAAAGUUCUGUUAGACCGUUCAGUGUUAGUAGACCUAUGUUAAUGAAUCAGUUGUGGAUCUGUCCUCUUCAUAUUGCUGAAUGUCAACAGUAUGAUGUCAUAACAGUCAGUUCAAUGACAACAAGGCAUGUAGAAUGAAUGGCAGCCUAGUAGUCAGACCUGACCUGAUGGAUGAGGUCAGGGAUGGAGAUCUGAAACCAGCUCCUAUAGGUCUAGUUCAGUUGUUUCAUAUUCCAGAUAGCCUACAGUAAGAUAGACCACUACAUUGCAUCCAGUAAUUAUUCUGAAUUUUGUUCCCAAACAAAAUGAAUAAAGACAGUUAACAUUUUCACUAAAUGUGAAAGUGUCAUUUAGACCACCUCAAAUGUUUAUUUAGGAUCAAACACCAGACUUCUGUGUUGGCUACAUUGUUUGAUAUAAUUUUAGACUUUAGGUUUCAGGAAAUGGUAGUUACAGCUUUUUCAAAACUGGAAAUGCUCCAACUUCCUGAGGGGGUUACUGACCCAGAACUUCCCCUACCCAACCUUAAGCCUGCAUCAGCACCGCCUUAUCAGAAUCCUAGGGAGAGCCCUGAUUUGCAAUUAAACAUACAGUUGAAGUCGGAAGUUUACAUACACCUUAGCCAAAUACAUUUAAACUCAGUUUUCAGGUCUGUAGUUAUGAUGGGGGUUGCACUCACAGGUUAUACACUAGG